GUUUUAGACGGUGCCAUCUUGCGGUCAUAUGAUGUGACUUACAGCCACGGGAUCGGUCAAGGUGGGGGCUAAUUUAGCAGGAUUGGACUCCGACCUGCAGAGGGCGCCGUUCCUUUCCUCCAACUCCACUUCCGGUGGAUUGCGUAGUCUGAUCUUCCUGUCGGUGCGAAACUCGCAAGAGAUGUAAAUGUCUGAGGAUCAGGAAGCACAGGAGGAUGAGUUGCUGGCUCUAGCAAGCAUCUACAAUGAGGAAGAAUUCCGGAGAUCAGAGUCCACUCAGGGGGGCGAGAUCCAGCUCUGCCUGGAGCUCGCUAAGGAUUUCAAAAUAUACUUGAAAGGGGGGAAACAAACAGAAUAUGCUGUGUCUUUUCUACCUCCUCUGGUCCUGAACUUUGAACUUCCCCUGGAUUACCCAUCAACCUCUGCGCCUGCCUUUACCCUGAGCUCCAAAUGGCUGUCGAGGGCACAGCUGACUGCGGUCUGCCGGCGCCUGGACAAGUUAUGGGAGGACAGUCGGGGCACCGUGGUCCUCUUCUCCUGGAUCCAGUUCCUCAAAGAGGACCUGCUCAGCUUUCUGUCCAUCGAGUCUCCGCUGGAGAUCAGCAGCCCUGCCAGGGCCCCCCCGGAGCGGACGAAGGGCGAGGGGGACGCCGAGAAGGGCGCUGUGAAGGAGUCGCCGGACCCGCGGGCCGUGGUGGACGUGGACCCACGCGAGGACAUCCUGACGCGGCUGCUGGACUUUGAUGAGACGCAGCGGCAGAGGGUCUUCGACGGCAGAGUGUACAGCUGCGGCAUCUGCUUCGCCGAGAAGCUGGGCUCCAUCUGCCUCAACUUUAAGGAGUGCGCUCACGUGUACUGCCGGGCCUGCCUUGGCGAGUACUUUCAGAUCCAGAUCCGGGACGGCAACGUCCAGUGCCUUAACUGCCCCGAACCCGAGUGCAGCUCCGUGGCCACGCCCUCGCAGGUGAAGCUUCUGGUUGGGGAGGAGCUCUUUGCCCGCUACGACCGUCUCCUGCUCCAGUCCAGCCUAGAUCUCAUGGCGGAUGUGGUCUACUGUCCACGCAAGAUGUGCCACUCGGCCGUGAUGACGGAGCCCAACGCCACGAUGGGGAUCUGCCCUUCCUGUCAGUUUGCCUUUUGCGUGCUCUGUAAAAGGGCCUACCAUGGGGUGUCCGAGUGUCAGACCACGGCAGGGUUCUUGGCGAUGCUUCCUACCUUCGAAUGUUCUGCAGAGGAGCUGCAGAGCCUGAGGGAAGACUACCUGUCCGCCACCGACGAGGGGAAGAGGUUCCUGGAGCAGCGUUAUGGGAAGAUGGUGAUCCAGAGGGCCAUCGAAGAGUCCUUCAGCAGAGAGUGGCUGGAUCAGAAUUGCAAGGGCUGCCCCCGCUGUGGUACCAACAUACAGAAGAUAGACGGCUGUAACAAGAUGACCUGCACCUCCUGUAAGCAGUACUUCUGCUGGCUUUGCCUCGGCCUGCUCACCCACGGCAAUCCGUACAGUCACUUCAAUAAUACGGCAUCACCAUGCUACAACCGACUGUUCCAAGGAGUCAAUAUGAAUGAUGAAGACGAUGGAUGGAGCGAUGAAGAAGAUUAGCAGUCAAGAUACCGACUCCAGAGUUCCUGAUGCUCCUUGCACUUUAGGAUGCUUGUUGUGUUGUACUCAAAAUUGAGAUAAUUAAAAAAAAACAUCUAUAUUACUUUUUUAGUUUCUACAAAAUGAUUAUUUUAGAAGAACAAAUAUUAUAGUAAAACGGGGGAAGAUUAUACUGAUGAUUAUGACAUUUUUACGUAUGAAAAUCUAGAUGUGUUCAGUUUGCACAAGAAUAGUCUCUAUCCAUAGCUGCUUUGGAGGCCUGUUCUGCUUUUCAAAAGAGAUUUAAGCGUUUUGUUGUUAUCUUUCUGUUGAUGGGGGAACCUUACUGUAGGCGCUGAACAUUGAACUAAGGUUAAACAGGUGAACAAGGGGCAAGGCGCUAACGUGUCGAGCAUUUCAACAAGUGUGGCUAUGUCCAAAAUGCCCAAGUAGCUAAUAUGUAAACAUUAGCAGUGGGAUGGUGAUAAAAAAAAAAUGCAUUGCGAUUUAUUGUAGGAUUUCAUUGUGGGCGUGUCCUUUAAGUGGUCACGCUGCGAAGGUGCAUGCAUUUUGAGUGUAAUUAUUCAGCAAAAAGAGUGGGAUGCGGACAGGCUGAAUACACACCCAGUGAGAAGGUUUUAAUCUUUUCUCUUUGUAAUUAGUUUGACCAUCCCUGUAUGUACUCUUACACGUGUAUGGCGUUCGUAUCCCAGGCUCAGGCUAAUUCUGCCCUGGCCUGAGAGAACCUCAGCUCGAACACAAACACACAUGCCUCACUAUCGUUGGCCACAAGACUCCCCUGAAUGAACCGGUUUGCCACAGGCUCGUUCAGGGGAGUACCUAGAAAUUCUGCCCCCCCCCCCCCCCCCCCCCAACAAAAUGACACCUUGAGCCUGCCCAUCCAUCCAUCCAUUUUCCAAACCGCUUAUCCUACUGGGUCGCGGGGAUGUCCGGAGCCUAUCCCAGAAGCAAUGGGCACGAGGCAGGGAACAACCCAGGAUGGGGGGGGGCAGCCCAUCGCAGCCUGCCCUGCCCAUAUUUUACAUAUAAUGUUACAUAUACCAGGGCUACUCCCCCCCCCCCCCCCCCCGAAUCUAUCAGGGUAUCUAUGCCCCUCUGAAACGCUUCACCACACACUUAGAGCAGUUGUUUUUUUUGUGGGGGGAGGGGGGCGGAGGUGUUCUUCAGCUGUCAAGUAAGUAGCAUAGAGACUAAGCAGGGGAAUGGGGCAUCAAGGUGGGGGGGGCAUUUCAUUAAAUUAGGUUUCUACUAAGAGUAAUACAAGCAAAUGUCACAGAUCAUUGCGGAAGACACCUGUAAACCAGGUAAUAAUUGUAUAUCUGCAUGUGACUGAGACUGGGUGUCGCGGCUAAUCCCACACAGUCUCUGUCAAAACCACCAGCUGAUUACAGAACUGGAGCCUGGGUUUUGAAUCAGCCAGCUAUCGGCACCGGGCGUUAGAUGUAAACCGGACCACUGCCUCAAGAAAGAAGUCCCAACACAGUAGAGGAGCUCUGUAAAAGGUGCCAAUUGAAAUAAAAAUAUACUUUGUGUUUUAA